UGCUGCCAUAUCUCGGCAGGCGCAGCGUGGGUCCAAGUGCAGGGCCAAGAUCCACUCAAUUUUUAGCGCAAGGCGAAAGUGACCUUGAAGCUUCAACACCUUGAACCGGCUGACGGUAAUCUGUACUUCGCCGUAUCAAUCCAUCACGAACCACGCCCCGAUCAUCAAUAUUCAUCAUGAGCCCAAACGGCGAGCCCGAGGUUGGCUCGGAUGGACCAAGACAAAAGGGCAAGGCUACUCCCGACACUCUCAAGGUCGGAUGUAUCGCCCACGUCACGAAAGACGGCCAACCACGUCGCGCCGAGAUCCUCAGUAUCAAAGAGACCAAGAGUGGGAGGCAGUUUUACUGCAACUUUGACAACUUCAACAAGCGGUUAGACGAAUGGGUCCCUGUUUCUAGAAUCGACUUCGCCCAAGAUGUCGAAUGGCCCAACCCCGAGAAGGACAAGCAGAAGGACGCCAAGAACAAGAAGUCGACGGUGGUAUCCAAGAAGUCGCAGCCAUCGAAAAAGACGCAGAAAAAGGUCGGCAAGCGGGAGCAGUCGGUUGCUUCAGAAGGUCAGACACCACACCCCUGGACCGAGUUUGUCGAAUCUCAAAACAAGCCAGAUGGGGAGGACAGGGCGAACGCGAGCCUGGAGGUUGGCGCGACGCCUGGCGUCGGCCCCGACGAGAUGGAACUGGACGAGGAUGAGACGCCGGCCAGUGCCGCCAAGAAGGAGCACGCCCAGUCGUUCAGCCGAGAGCAGGAAAUCGAAAAGCUGCGGACUUCAGGCUCUAUGACGCAGAACCCGGCCGAGAUCUCCCGCAUCCGGAACAUCUCACAAGUUGAGUUUGGCCGAUACGUCCUUUUCCCCUGGUAUUUCUCUCCCUACCCGGAGGUGUUUGGCCGGGAGGACAGCAUCUACAUAUGCGAGUUCUGCCUGAGCUACUACGGCGAUCUCAAGUCGUUUUCGCGCCACCGCCAAAAGUGCACCUUACAGCACCCGCCGGGAAACGAAAUCUACCGUGACGAUUUUGUAUCCUUCUACGAGAUCGACGGCAGACGGCAGCGAACAUGGUGCCGGAACCUAUGCCUGCUGUCCAAGAUGUUCCUCGACCACAAGACGCUCUACUAUGACGUGGAUCCCUUCCUCUUCUAUGUCAUGACAACGAGGGAUGAGAAGGGGUCGCACCUCAUCGGGUACUUCUCCAAGGAGAAAGAGAGCGCGGAUGCAUACAAUGUCGCCUGUAUCCUGACGCUACCUCAAUACCAGCGGAAAGGGUACGGCCGGCUGUUGAUCCAAUUUUCGUACGAGCUCUCCAAGAUCGAGGGCAAGCUCGGAUCUCCAGAGAAGCCGCUCUCGGAUUUGGGUCUGCUGAGUUACCGGCAGUACUGGUCCGAGAACAUCCUCGACUUGCUGCUGAUGUACAGCGAGGGGCAGGAGAAGUGCACGAUUGAGACCAUCGCGACGCGGCUCGCCAUGACGACGCAAGACGUCGAGCACACCCUGCAGGCACUCAAGAUGCAGGUAUACCACAAAGGAGAGCACAAGAUCGUGAUACCCGAGAAGCUCGUACAGCAGCGGGAAAAGUCCAAGGCCAAGCAGAAACGCGUUAUCGACCCCGAGAGGAUCCAGUGGAAACCCCCGGUCUUUACAGCUGCUAGUAGAACAUGGGGAUGGUAGUCUUAGGUAUCGGAGCUGGAAGCGUAUGUGGGUGGUCAGGUUGGUUCGGCGGUGGUCAUUUGGAGUAUUUAUCGGUGCAAUGGGAAAGCGGGAUACGGUGCAUAAAUACAUAUACCCAUUAACAGCAUCAGAGAGGCUGUCGUUCUUUGCUCUGGUACCUAAGCCGUCAUAAUUCACGUAACGGAUCCAUUAAACUCG